AUGUGCUGCAACCCCAAGGCUCCCUGUGAUUGUUUGGCCAGCGGCAGCCUGUGUGAUCCCUGCAAGCUGACAGGCAAGGACCGAGACAUGGAGGCGGCGCACCCACCCAACAUCAGCACAGCGAGUCACCCGUGGAGCGGGAGCGAACUCGACCCGGCCACCUCCACUGAAGUGGUGAGGGAAACAGGCCGAAACUGGGGGUGGACGCUGUCUGGGUUCAUCUGCCUGAACAUUCUCAUGCUGGGUUGCUCCUUGGUCAGUGGCAGCACUUCAACCUCCGCCAACAUCAGCUUUCCAGACCUGGAGGUUUACCUCAUCCUCCUCGUCCUCUUCACUGCCAUCUGGAUGGUCUAUUACACCAUUUACACAACCAAGAACCCAAAUGCUGUCACCUACAGGGAUGAGCAUGCCGGACCAAUAUGGCUCAGAGGUGGACUUGUGCUGUUUGGAAUUCUCAGCAUCAUCAUGGACAUUUUCAAGAUCACUGGCUACGUGGGAUAUCUCCACUGUGACUCUGCUGUUAAAGUCGUAUUCCCUGUGGUGCAACUCGUCUUUACUCUUGUGCAGACGUACUUUCUGUGGAUCCAUUCAAAAGACUGCGUGCAGCUGCAAAGGAACCUGUCCUGCUGUGGGCUGAUGCUCACCCUCGCUACAAACCUAGUUAUUUGGAUGACCGAAGUAACUGAGGAGUCUCUCCACCAAACAACAGAACCUGACUACCUGACCAACACCACCAAGCUCUCAAGACGAAGCCUGUACAUCAACAGAGCUGGUUAUGGAGAUGAAUCCUGUGCAUGCAGCCACACUUCAUGCACUUUCUUCAAGGAGGCCUACUACUACCUGUACCCAUUCAAUAUUGAGUACUGCCUCUGUGCCUCAGCCAUGGCCUACGUUAUGUGGAAGAAUGUAGGGCGAGUAUCAGCCGAAUUCAGCCACCACAUCAAAUUUAGCAUCAAGAACAUCGUGGUCGGUCCCACUUUGGGGGUUGUCCUGGUGGUCGCAGGCCUGGCGACGUUUGCCAUGUACGAGAUUGAAAUGAAGACCAACUAUUAUGACGAGAAAAGCAGAGACAAUGCCGUGAUGAUGCACUUUGUCAUGAAUAUAGUCAUCGUGGCCUUGAUGUCCAUCUGCACCGUCAUCGGCUGUGCCAUCUAUAAGGUGGAUCACAGGGAGCACAGCACUGAGAAGAACCCCACCCGCAGCCUAGAUGUGGGGCUGCUGGUGGGAUCCUCACUGGGCCAGUUCAUCAUCAGCUACUUUUCCAUCGUGGCCAUGGUGGCGACCGGAGCCAAAGGCUACCUGAAUGUGCUUAACUUGACCUGGGGCUUGCUGAUGUUGAUCCAUCUUGGUCUGCAGAACUAUUUCAUAGUUGAAGGUUUGCAUCGACAGCCCUUCCAUGAAGCAGACACAGUGGUGGUAAAUCCAUACGCGACAAAUUCAAGCAAAGACGAGGGCAACCUUGAAAAAGUCGACAUGGAGAAAAGCGCCGAUGCAGAGGCACAGAACCAUAGUGGGACGGUGGAACAUCACAAACUGUCGUGGAAGCGGCGAGUGCUGAGGGAGGUCUGUGCCUUUCUGCUGCUGGGCAACGUCAUUCUGUGGAUCAUGCCUGCGUUUGGAGCUCGUCCUCAGUUUGACCAUGACGCUGAAACUGAGUUCUAUCAGUUCAGCAUGUGGGCUGUCCUCGUGAACGUGGGUCUUCCCUUUGCCAUCUUUUACCGAAUGCACUCAGUCUCCAGCCUCUUGGAAGUUUUUCUAAACUCAUAA